AUGCCACCCAAGACUGACUCGCUCUUCCGCUGGAUCGAGGAACGCGAACGCGAGCACCACGAUUCCUCCAUCUCCUCCUGGGGCCGUGUUCUCGACGCUGGCACCGGUCACCACUCGCUCUCGUGGCUGCUACAUGGCGCUAGCUCCUCUCUCAUCAAGGAGGUAGUCGCUGUGACGGGGGAGAAGCCUCUUGCCAACGAUCUCUCAACCGAAUUUGACCCCAGCAAGACACCGCAUGCGACUCCCUUGACAGUUCAUGCUGGCAACUGGCAAAACGCCAAUUUCCUGUCUAACGAGAAGCCGUUCGACGUUAUUAUCGCUGACUACCUGGUUGGAGCUAUCGAGGGCUUUGCGCCGUACUACCAAGAUCAAAUAUGCGGUAGACUGGAGAAGCUGCUCGCUGUUGGGGGACGGAUCUACUUGGUAGGACUGCAGCCGUUGAGCGAAUCUCAAGCUCCAGUGGGCUCAAUUGAUGCAGAUGUAGAGGCAGGCAAGUUGAUUCAAGAGGUGGCUCGCACCCGUGACGCGUGUCUCCUACUUGCGGGUCGUCGCUGCUACCGCGAGUACCCGAUUGAUUGGUCGCAGCGCCAGCUCGAGAAGGUGGGGCUGGAGGUGACCAACAGUAUACGUCUUACCAAUGUGUAUGGACGGUCGGCGAUCACUCGUCAACUGGAGGUUGGCAGGCGUCAUAUUCCACUGCUUAAGGACUCGGUGCUUGCUAACAACAUGCACCAAGCUCUCGACCGCGUGGACGAACGUCUAGAAAAGGAAUUUGGUUCUGGCGCUCUUCCCAAGGAGGAGCAGCGCAGGAUACGCUUCGGAUUCGACUACGUUAUCGCUGCUCGCAAGCCCGCUCAAGCUUAA